UUAUUUUUAAUCUAUUGAGAACAGUAUGGUUGCGAUACAACACAUUAAAACAUCUGUUGUCUUUGUCUCCCUCUUUUGCUCAAAUCAUACUGAAGAGACAUUUAAGUUUGCAGUUGAUCUCCAGAAUCAGUCGUUUUAGUUGGGUAAAGUGUAUCCGAAAGUGUAAAAAAGACACCUUAUAUAUUAUAUAUAUAAUCCGUGUUUCGUGUGUAAUCGUGUAACGAGUUACAGCACACAAAGUUUGGUGUGUGUGUGUGUGUGUAGGCCUAUAACACACAUUCAUACAAUUUGUAGCCUACUUAGAUAUUACGUGCUCAUUGACUCAUCGUUGGUGGGAUUCCAUUUUCUUCACACGGCCCAGCAAUGUAUUGUGGUAUGGCAGAUGAACCAACUGCUCAGAUUUAUCCUGAAACCAAAAAGCGGAGGAUUGGACUGUCCAACGAAACGUAUGAAUACAAACCAAACCCAGAAUGUAUGGUGUGUAAAGGCAGCAAGUUUAUGGGACACAAUUUUGUGCAUUUCCGCAAAGUGGACAACGAGAGAGUGUAUCAGACAGAGGACUGGGAGCCAUCAGGGUCUGCUUUGUUUUACCCAUUGACGGAAGAUGUGAUGGUCAACUCCAGGAACAUUGAGCAGUUCAGUUGCUCGAGUGGAAAUUUCUUUGUAGCUGGGCAAGACGGUCUUUAUUCAAGAACUUUAUCAGGAAAAGUUCUCCACUUGUGGAGGUUCUGCACAGAGAAGAAGAAGUUGUACAUAUCCAGGUCGUUUUUGUUCAGGAAUGCUCAGGACUUUUGGGAAGUUCAGCAAAUGCUUGAAAGACUUUGAGACAGAUCGAGAACCCUGAGCAACUAAUGCUUGGUUAUUGUUACUGAUAACUGAUCUGCCAAAAAUUGUUACAUUCCUCUCCACUGGUAAAGUUAUGGAAUCAUAAUGAACUAUUUGAAUGGUGAGAUGUUUUGUUGAACAACGUUAAGAUCAAUGUUUGUUUCCAGCAUUUAUUUGUGUUCUUUCAAAGUUGUAAUUCAAAUUUUUAGUUGCCGUUUUAAUCAUUGUGAGAUUUCUUUUUAAAAGAUACAAGUCACCCAAUGUUGUCAUUUCUCAGGUUUGAUAACCUUUGAAAAGUGUAACGUUUGAUAUCUUAUCAUUUUAUGUGCGUUUGUUACAUUGCUGUAUCAGGGAUGUUUAGAUGUUUUUGUUUCUGUGAAAAAGAAGCAGAAGUAACCAAAUAGCUUUAACUUUUCCUCUCCUUAAAGUGCAGACUGCCACCGGUGUGUGUUGACUGCAAGAGGAGGCGUCUGUUGUCACUUUGAGUUUCUCUAUUAUCUACCAAUUUCUUUAGAUUCACAACCCAUUAAUGAAUGUAUGAUGUGGAUGAAUCAAGUCCUUCAGAAAACAGAUCUCAUCUCGGAUUUAUCUUUCUAUUUUCUUAACUUUAUGCAGUCAAAAUUGUCUAAGGUGGUCUUCCAUUGUUACAGAGAAAUAUGUUUGUCUUAGACAAAUAGACGUCUUGGCCAGUGUCAUUAUCAUAUAUAGAAUAAAUACAAGGCGGGGGAGGGGGAGUAGGAAGUGAUCAGUUGUACAGGUCAUUGUCUUAGACAGGUGGCCAUCAGAGCAGGUUCGACCAUACUUAAUAAUUUCUUUUUUCUUAUGAAAGUCUCGAAAAUUGACUUACCUUUGGUGGUUUAAAUCGCGAGAAGGACGGUUUUGUUUUUGGGUUGUCUGGGGAGUCUUCAUUCAAGGCUCUCCACUUAUUUGGCUCUGUCUUGUCAGUGUUUUGGGUUUGAAUCAUUUCACAUUGUUGACAGUGUUUUAUACCUAUACCAUGCCCAUAUCUGCCAAGAUCUCCGAUUUUUAUUUUUCCCAUCAAAGAACCGCGAUCAGAUUUGCAUAAAGUCCAUUUUUUUCUUGAUUUCCAUUUUUGUCUGAUCAUUUGCAACUUAUUGUAAAUGAUGUGAAAAUAUACAUUUUUAUUUGCAUUUAGCCUUAUUAUGUGAAUGUGCAUGUAUUUGCCAUGGUCAGUUUGCUGCGUAAUCUUAAUUGGGAGAAUUUUGAGGAAAACUCCUAUUUUUGAUCAUGGAGUGGUUGGCAGGUCAGCAGUCCUUUCACUUGUGGAGGCUAUUUCUGGGUUCUUGUCUCUCGAAUCGUUUCAGUGUUGACAAAAGUGUUAUACCCAUGCCCAUACCGUACAAGCACUGACAAAGAAUUAAAUCAUGUGUUGAGAGACUGGCAGUUUAUUUUUCAACGGACAAUAAUGUGCAAUGCCAUCUAUGAUUUACUUCUCUUGGUGACGGAGUUCUUUAAUAAUCAGAUGCAACGAAACAUGUCAUUCUGAAGAGAGAGAAUGAAUACUCCUUUGUAUGGUGGAAAAUAGUACAGCCAGAUCCUAUUUUUUUAGUCUUCUGUAAAGAGGAAAAAGAUAUUUUUUUUCAAGGAUAGAGUUUAUAUUUUGAAUGUUUUAUUCAUUUUCAUUUUACAUUCAUACAUAAUGUGCUUCAUUUGGCCCAGUUGUACGUGGCUGCAGCAGAGAUAAUAUUGUCAGGCUUUUCAG